AUGUCAGUACUACUAGCUGCCCGGACAUGUAUACGGCUCUGUUGUACUGAACAUAAAACAGGCGCUCUGGCGAGGUUUAACCUCGGCGCAAAUACUGCCCUGACUGUUAGAAGAAUAGCGAGCGCUUUGUGCGGCAGAUGCAACAUCAUGCGGAGAGGAAUAUUGCCCUCGGGGAGCACAGGUAAUGGUCUAAAAAGCCGAGAGAAGAGCACAGUAAUUUGUGUGGAGGGGAAUAUUGCAAGUGGAAAAACAAGCUGCUUGGAUUAUUUUUCUAAUACUCCAGAUCUUGAGGUAUUCAAGGAGCCUGUAGCUAAAUGGAGAAAUGUCUGUGGCCAUAACCCACUUGGUUUAAUGUAUCAAGAUCCUAACAAGUGGGGCUUAACUUUGCAGACGUACGUGCAACUCACCAUGUUGGACAUUCACACCAAACCAUCAAUCUCGCCUGUUAAAAUGAUGGAAAGGUCAAUUUACAGUGCAAAGUAUAUCUUUGUAGAGAACUUGUAUCAGAGCGGAAAAAUGCCAGCCGUGGAUUAUGCCAUUUUAACAGAGUGGUUUAAAUGGAUUGUAAAGAACACCGAUACCUCGGUUGAUCUGAUCGUUUAUCUGCAGACAUCUCCAGAAAUCUGUUACCAGAGACUAAAGAAGAGGUGUAGAGAAGAGGAGAGUGUUAUACCACUGGAAUAUCUGUGUGCAAUCCACAAUCUCUAUGAAGACUGGCUAGUUAAACAGACGUCCUUCUCAGUGCCGGCACCCGUGCUUGUAAUAGAUGGUAAUAAAGAACUAGAGGAAUUGACUCAACACUAUGAAGAGAAUCGCACCAGCAUCUUGUCACUGUAA